AUGGCGCAGCACACCCAGACCCCGAUGACUGGACGUUUGUGGGCCAACCAUAACGACCGAGCCGAGUUGAGCAGACAGACGCUGAACUGGAACAAGAUUGCACACGCACUACGGUGCUCCAACCAUGAGGAAUGGUUCUCCAAGCAGAAGUUUCGCCCGUUCUCCUCGAGUGUUAUUUUGUUCAGCCGAGGCGACAAAGACCAGAUUCCGGCACAUUUGCAUGGGACUAUGGCCUGA